AUGGCCUCAGAAAACCAUCCCUCGCAAUGCCGCCUUUCCACGCGCAUUUCCCUACGAUGGGUCCCCGAGCCCGCCUUUGAAAACACCGACACUAUCGUGAUGUCGGUCGCGGGAUGGUAUGUCGACUUGCGCGUGGACAAAGAGUCUGGGGGUAUUGAUUGGGCGAUUGCGGGUCGGCGUGUUGUUGAUGACAAGGAUUCUAGUCGGGUGGCAUUCACCCACGAGCUUGAUUGUAGAAACUCAUUUGAUGCGGUCGACUGCGGCACCUUUUCUUCGCUUCCUAAUGGAGAUGAUCUAGAGGAGGGGGAGAUGCCUCGAGCUGAUCUCCCUGGGUGUCCGGUGGCGCAGUAUGAAGAGGUCUGGCGAGAACUGAAGUUUAGGGAUGGACCGGAGGGCCAUAAGGGUGUUUCGUGGGUUCUCGAGUCAAAGGAACAGCCCCUUGACGAGGGAGAAGAGGUUGAAGUUGAGAGGACCUUUAUUGGAAGAAUCUGGGGCACGUAUCUGGCUCUGCGCCAACUGCAGGUUCAUAGCCGCCCGAAAGGUUCAGCCACGACAAUUGUCAAAGAGGGAAAGGAUGUCAGUGCUCGGAGAGAGGAGUGGAAUGCUUCAGGCUGGCGCGUCAAGCAUUCCCUAGGCGCGGACGCUCUACCAUCUAUGAACGAUAUUGAAGAUGGUUCAUGGAAACUCGGUCAAACAGUCACAGUUGCAGAAAAAGAAUACACAGUUCGUGCAUUUGAAAGUCUAAGGUACGUCACUUCGUCUAUAUACAGAUUAUUUUAUAUGCUUACAGCUCGUUGCUCAGAACGUAGCGGUAUCUGGCCUUGCCAGCGUUCAUGUCCACAAUGGCCUGGUUGGCCUCCUUCAUGGGGCGCUCCUCGAUCCAAGGGCGGACGUUCUUCUGGGCAGCCAACUCGAGCAUCUCGCGGAUCUCGUUGGGGCCUCCGAUCAGGGAACCUCCCAGCUUGA